AUGGUAAGUGCUGUUUAUCACUCUUGUACUUUUAAACUUUACAAAUUUGUAUAAAGUUAUCUUCAGGUGCGAACUCCAGCUAUCGGAACAUCAACUCCUACUAGAAGUUCUCGUCGUUUGCGAAAAGAAGAGCCGGAGAUUGGAUUGCAAGAAGGUAAUAUAUUAUAAUACCUUUUAUAAUAUUACGUAGAUUCACUCAUUGGGUUGUGUUUUAUUAUUCGGAUUAUUAUAUAAUAUUUAUAAAUCUAUUUUUAAUUUUUUGAUUGCUUUUCAGCUAUCGAAGUUAUUGAGAAAAGUCCAUCCAGAUCAAAAACCAAAAGAAAGUUGAAAUUCGACGACGAAUUGGAUGUCACUCCAAUUGCAACAAAUAGUAAGGUCAGUAAAGUCGCACUUUCUAGACAGUUGUUCGAGCAGGAGGAUCAAACUGACGAAGGAAAACAAUCUAAAGAAGAUGUUAUUGAUGAUAGACUUGGCUCGAAGACGGUGAACGUUGAGGUGGACGACCGUACAUUGAAAGACAAUUUGAACCCAGAAUAUAAUGAAAAAGCCUCAGAUGUUUUUAAGGCUUCAGAGGUUGCAGAUGAAUCGAUUAUGGAUUCAGAAGUAAACGACCGUGAAGAUGAAGUUACUGUGGAGUCAGAGCAUGAUGGAGAUAAUACUAAUAUGGGAUCAGAUGUGAUAGAUUAUGGAGGCGAAGUAACAGCCUUUUCGGAACAGAACUACGUCGAAAAACAACUUACCAUGGAAACAGGAAUAAGAGACUAUGAAAAAACUGCACGAUCUGACCAGAAUGUCGAUGAAAUUCCUGAGGCUUCAGAAGUGUCAGUUACGGAUGAAUCAAAUACGAAUUCAGGAAUGAAAAACGACCAAAAUGAAACGCCGAGCUUGUUCACAAAGAGAAUUAUUCCUACUGUUAUGUUAACUCCAGAUUCUUCGACUGUUGGCAACGAAACUUAUGUUAAAGGAGCACCUGAACAGAACAAUCUCACAUAUACUGUUCGUGGACCAGAUGCUGGAGAUUCUACAGGCGACGAUAAAGGUGACGAUUCUUCUGACGAAUCAUCAACUUAUGGGGAUUCUUCAGCCGGCGAAAGGAUAAUUGAUUUGAAAGGUAAUACUUAAAUUUGUAAAAUUAUAUGUUUAAUAUAUUAUAAUUAAUAGAAGGUACUGUUUAGACGUGUCAAAAAGUACGGGGAAUGUAUUUGAGGGAUUGAGUAACAGAUUUUUUAAACUAAGAUCACUUAUGUAUUUUAUUCUUUUUUAGAAUUCUUGGCUAAACCUAUAAACAUGCCUUUGGGGAUGGACUUGGAUCUCUUAUCAGAAGAUGAAAAUGAAGAUUCUACGACAAGAUUGACGGAAAAGAAUGGUGAUGAUACUCAAGCCAACGCUAGUGUAACAUCCGUCAUAGUCAGCUUCUGUGAAGACAGCGACGAAAGUGAUGAUGAAGAUGAUGACGAGGGUCUUGAGGAAGAAGUGUCAAACGAGCAGGUAACGCUUGUGCUUUUAAAUAUUGUUUUUAGUUUUAAAUAAAUUGUUUUCAAGAUCUUGUUUUGACAUAAUAAACUUUAGAUUUGUGCUGAUAUAGAUACGUCUAAUAAGGAGAAUUCACGUCCACGAGUAUUGGAGUUUGAGCAGAUCGAAGUGGAAGAACACAAGGAAGCACUUGAAGAUAUUAUGGUAAUGUCGACUGAAGGUAACAUAACAGAGAUUUCUUCUGAAGAUGUUGAAUCAAAGAACGCUCUUGUAGUGGAUGAUGAAGUGAAGCGACAAAUAGAAGCUAUCGUGAAGAAGAGAAUUGCCGAGAAGACAUUUGACGAUCCAAAAAGAGUCAGAAAGCCACGUAAUAAGAAAGACAAUGUCUUUGACGGUGUUCUUCGAACUCCUUUGAUGAAGUUGAUAGAAGAAGAAUACAAGAAAAAGGCAUCUGAAGUAAACGAAAAGAAGCAACAGCUAGAUUCAGAAGCAAAACAGCUCAAGGAUAAGAUGUUGGGUGUUUUUAAUCAAGUUGAUUGCUUUAGUGAUAAAAUACGUCACCAACAGGAUAAGUAUGGUGCUAAAAUGGAUGAGGAUACUAAUAUGGGUCCUUUUGAGCAAGCUGAUUUGAAGAUUGGUAAAGAGAAUGUUAAUUUUAGCCUGGACGAUUUGAAAACCAGGUUUACACAGAAUAUGAAUGUGAAGGAUGGCGACAAUGUGGAUCACGGAGAGAAGCAACACGUUAGAUUUUCUCGAGUGGAAGGUUUAGAAAAAACAGUUGGUGUAUCAGGUGAAAGUGAUAAGACCGAGAAGCCUAAAUUGAAGAAGAGUUUGGUAGAUAAACUUCGAGAAAAACGGUGGAAGAACAAAAAAUUAGGGUAGGGUUUUUUAGUGAAUUGUUAAUAACAUGAUUAUAAGGUCGAAAGUUUUAAUUUUAUGUUGCUAUGUUAUAAUAAAAUUUGGUUUUUUUGUUACUUUGAUAUUUUUUAAAGCGUGUUUUUACUCUUAUAAGGAUAAUAUAUAAUGAAUAUGCACACAUCUUUAGUUAUACUUAUUGUUAAAAUUUUAGAAGAGUCAUCAAGCAAAAGAUCAUGAAGUCGAAGCAACGUCUAAUGAAGAAGAAACUAAAGGAUUUGUGA